GUGUUACAUGUACAUAAUUGUUCUAGAUGUUUAUAAUAGUAAAUCUGUGACAAGCAUUGCAUGGCAUGAUGGGUGGUGACAUGGAGUUGGUACGACAAUUUAAUAGCGAGCUAUCUUCAAUAUACGAGAACAAGCCACCAAUAUCAAAAGCUAAAAUGGCAUCUAUUACAAGAUAUGCAGUCAAAGCUUUGAAGUACUACAAGCACAUUGUUCAUAGUGUGGAGAAAUUCAUUCAUAAGUGCCAUGACGAAUACAAAAUCUGUGGUUUAUAUGUGCUGGACUCCAUAAUUAGACAAUCCAGACAUCAGUUUGGUCCUGAUAAAGACCUUUUUGGUCCUCGAUUUCAAAAGAAUAUCAAGCUGUUAUUUCAGCAUAUUUUUCAAUGUCCUCCUGAAGAUAAGCCAAAGAUUGUUCGUGUGCUUAAUCUGUGGCAGAAAAAUGGAAUAUACCCGCCUGAUGUCAUAUCACCUCUCAUUGACAUGGCAUCAACAUCGUCAAAAGUUCUAGCUGCAUCAAUUCAAAGACAAAAGAAAGCUAGGGCUACAGCUUCGAAGCACGAUCAUCAUCGUCAUCAUCAUGAACACCAUGUUGAAUAUGAUGAUUUAGAGAUUGAUGAUGAUUUACCAGUUAGCCAAAACAAUAAGAAACAAGUACAAAUGUCUCAAGAUGAUGAAAUACAAGUUCUAAAGGCACAGCUUGAACAACAACGUAAACAGCAGGAACUUUUACAACAGCAACUGCAAAUGCAAAUUAUGGCAACCAAACAACAGUCACUCCAACUUCAGUUGCAGCAGCAGCAAAUGCAAACGAAAAUACCAGCACAAACUCAGCAAAGUGCUAACCAGGAGAUGCUAAGUAACCCAUCAGCGGAUUUGCUAUCUCAAAUUCAGGAGCUGACACAACAAUUAGAAAGAGAUAAAACAGCUCUUGCUAAUAUAUCUAGCAGCAACGAUGGUCAGCAACAGCAGCAAAAUCAACCUCAGCAGCAACAACAACAACAGCCGGGUUCUGUGGAGAAUCAAACACAAUUCUUAGAGAACUUCCAACAUCUUAUACAAACAGCUAAAGGUAUAAUACAAAAAGACCCCAGACAGCAAAGUGGUCAUGAUGUUCCCCAAAGUCAUGAAACAGAACCUAGUCCAAAGUUUAAUCAGGCUUUGCUGGACAAUACAUUUGAGUAUGAAGAAGAGAAUGGUUUCAAUGGUGGUCAAAACGAGAGGAUGAAAGAAGAAGAUAACAGACACCCAAGAAAUAGAAAUGUGCCUAGAGGUCUUCCAAUGCAAGAGUUUGGAUCAUCACAGUAUCAAUCACAGGACUCUUCAUUCAUGCCUAAGCAGCCACUGCCUUUUCAAUCUCAUCAACCAUCAUUUCAACAGCAGCAGCAAUCAUUUCAACAACAACAGACUGAGCACUCAUCACAUCAUCAGAUGCCUCCGCAUCAUCUAAAUCAGUUUGGUGAUGAUCAACCUCCACAAAAAAAGCCAUUGCUUGACUUCCGAGAGGAAUUCCAACAACAACAACAAAUGGAUGAUGAUGACGCCAUGCAAAUUGAUAACGAUGAUGAUUAUCAGCAAGAGUUUUAUCAACCAGACCAACCACUUCAAGAUUCACAUCAGAGGAAAUCGCGAUGGGGGCCACAACCGAGAGAAGAUAGAAGUAGUGAUGUAAGAGCGAUUGACAUUGUAAAUGAAAGAGGAACUGCAGAGGAUGAAGAAAUAGAAAAAAGAAAACGAGAGAAGAGUGUCAUGCCUCCUGCAAUGCAUAAAAGGAUGACGGUUGCUAGUACGACGAUAUGGAUUGGUCGAUUGCCAAAAGGUUGUCAUCCUGAUGUUGUUCGAAAUGCGUUUUCUGAAUUUGGUGAAAUUAAAAGUAUUGAUUUAAUUGACGCCCGUGGUUGCGCCUUUCUUACAAUGGGAAAUAGAUACGAAGCCGAUAGAGCAUUACGAAACUUAAGGUACGAAAGGCUUGAUGGAUAUGAUGUGAAGAUGGCAUGGGGCCAACCAAGAGAAUUGCAAGAGUUCUCGAAAUUUUGGGAAGAAUCAUUCGGUGCAGCAUUUAUACCAUGGGACAUGGUUAAAGAGUACCACUUAAGCGCAUUGUCAGAAAGCUGUAUUAUUGCUGAAGACACUCUCCCACCUGGAAUGUCUCUACAUAAACAUCCUGUUGAAGAUCCGAAAGGAAACCAGAAUGUAAAUCAUCAGCCUCCAAUAUGGCCAAGACCUGCAAUGAUGCCGCCUCCGCCCCCCGGUAUGUUGCCGCCGAUGGGAAUGCUUCGGAUGUUUCCGAUGGGUUUCCGUCCACCUUUACGUCCACUUCCACCUCAAAAUGUUCUUCCACGAGCAGAUAUACAACAAAGUAAUUCUGGUGGGCCGAGAGCACCACUGCUUCAAGGUCCUGAAGAUCCCCGUGGUCCCAACGAGCCUAACAUAUCAAUAGCCAACUUGUUUCCACGCAGUAAUGCACCACUUAAUGUGGGUGGAAGACCUCUUUUCUUAGGUAGACCGCCGUUUAACAUUUCUGGUCAGCCGCGAUUCAAUGUCAUGGGUAGUAACGAAAUAUUUAAUAGACCAGCAUUUCAGAUUCACCAACCGAUACGUCCAGUUGGUGUCAGAGAAAGUAUACCACAUCAAGCUGCUGUAAUGCAGGGUGGUAACCAACCACCAUGGCCACCAGUUUCUCAGCAAGUAAACACAUGGAUAGACGUUAAAAAGGAUGAGUAUGAACUAAGAAAUGCGUCAGAGAAUGUUAAUAAAGAAGUUCGUCCAGAAGACGAAUUUAUUGGUAAUAAAAUACCUACUCUGGCAAGCAAGGUUGAGGAUUCAGUUGCGGAUAAACACUGGCGUAAACAAGAAAAUACGCAAAGCAGUCCUGAGAAGUUAAAAGAAGAGAAAGAAAAGAGAUACCGUGAAUCUGACAAUAACAAAGAUGGUAGAAGCGAGCGAAGAGAUCGUUAUGACCGAAGAGACGACCGCUCUGAUCGGCGCGAUCGAGGCCGUGUUGAUUUUCGUGAACGGGAAAGUCGAGACGAUAGAAAUCGCAGAGAUCGGGAUAAUCGUGGCGAAAGAAAUCGCUAUGACAGAGAUAGUCGUGACGCACGCGAAAAUAGGAGUCGUUUUGAUAGGGAUGAUCGCGAUAGUCGUGGCGAAAGAUAUUCCAGAGAAGAUCGAGAUGGUAGACAACGUGAUAGGUUUGGCCGAGAUGAGUUUGGAAGAGAUGAAGACCGAAGUCGAAGAAAUGAGAGAGAUAGAAACAAAUCCCGUGAUCGCGACUCUCACAAAAGUCGUUCUCCAAGACCAGACCGAGGUUUCACCAUUGUCGAUAAGGAAACCAAGGAACCAGAUCAGGUAACCAAAGAACCUGAUCAGGUGUUUAGAUCAACCUUUCAAUUGGUUUCUUCAGAAAAUCAAAAAGAGAACGUGUCGAACUCAAAUGCUGACACAAAGCCUUUUCAACCAUUUGCCGUAGUUCCCUCCACUGCAGAUGCAACCGAAGAAAAUGUUACGGGUGAAGAGACUAUUUCACCCGGGAAAGAGAAUUCUGCCGUAUCUGAACAUGUUAUAAAAGAUGAAAGUACAACGGAUGAAAAAGUUAACGAAACUAUUGCAGACCCGUCAAGCGAAUUGUAUGAUCCGUUGGAAGCUGCUAUGUCGCCGGAUGACAAAGAGAGUGAACAUGUGGAACCACAAGAUGAGCAGCAAACAGAAAACAAGGACGAUGCCAUGCCUCAAGCUGUAAUAGAUCCAACGCCUGAAGCUGCGAUAGAUGCUACCACAUUGGAAAAUGUUAGCCAAGACUCUUCACAAGAUGUAAGUUCGAACAGUCAAGCUCAGCAGAUUACUGGAGAGGAAAUUCAGGAUACGCAUGACUCUCCGAUUUUUCCGUUAGACAAUAAAUCCGAAGCCAUAUUCGAAGACACUACCAAUGGCGAUAAAGAAAAUGCAGAACUGGAAUUAAAGUCUGACUAACGAAGAAUUGGGACCAGCGUAUUGAAAUUGACUAGUGUCUGACGUACUGCUUUUCAUCCCCUGUUAUAAGUUCGUGUUUUUCGCAGUACAAGGUUAAAGGCUUAUCGGCUUCCGGCUAAAUGUACCAGAGUAUGUCUACCUUGCAAAAACCCUAAUGAGUGAGAACGAAAUAAAUAAUCUUUCUCCAGCAUUGCGUUAUUUUUUUUUUAAUUAUUUUUAGUUAUUAUUUCGAAAGAUGUCUUCUCUAAGAAAUUUUCUUUGUGUUUGUCUUAAAUGUUUUUAAUAUUUGCUUUCUACUUGUUCUACUUUUUAUUAGUCUGUGAAACUAUAUUUAAAAUUCCUUUUUUGAUGUAAAAACAGUUUUCAAUAAUUUUUCUUGCAAAAGCAUUUGUAACAUUCCAGCGUUGGUACUUAGACAAGAUUGAUGUUUAUACUUGUGAGAACUUCUUCGACAUAUACACGUGAACUCAGCCAAGCGUAACUUCGUCGCAUGGUACGAUGCCUAAUUCCCGUAUUUAUACAAUGUCAAGCUGAGUCCCUUAUUUUUACCAACACAUGCCGAUAUAAAAUGUUGUAUUUUAUAUUUUAGAAAUAUUAUUAAAAAGUUUCAUUUCUGUACGUGAUUUUGAGAGAAAUACAAUCAAUUUUUAAAAUGGUA